AUGCAACUCAACAUGGGAGAAGGCAAAAGCUCCGUCAUCGUACCCCUAGUGGUUUCUCUAUUUGCCGAUGGGACUCAGCUGGUCCGCGUCAUUGUUGCAAAGCCGCAGUCGAAGCAAAUGUUGCAAAUGCUUUUAGCCAAGCUGGGUGGGCUGUUGGAUGUUCACGUCUUUCAGUUACCUUUCUCGCGGGCUCUGCGCCUCGAUCCGGCCCAAGUCAACGACAUCGCUGCGGAUCUCAAUCGCUGUAUGCGGAAGGGUGGCAUUCUCCUGGUACAGCCUGAGCAAAUACUCUCGUUUAAGUUUAUGGGCUUUAAGUAUCUCAUCAAUGGACAAGAAUCUAUUGGUUGUACUUUCCUUGAGGGACAGCAGUUCUUUGACGAAAACUCUCGUGACAUUGUGGACGAGAGCGACGAGAAUUUUAGCGUCAAAUUCGAGCUGGUUUACACAAUGGGAACUCAGCGCCCGAUUAAUUACAGCCCAUACCGGUGGAAACUUGUGCAAAAUGUCAUGGACGUUGUCAGGGAUGUCGCACCUUCAGUUGCUCAGGAGGUGCCGGCGUCUCUGGAAAUUCACAAUCAGUUCGGCAUGGGCAGCUUCCCUCGUCUUCGGAUCCUCAAGGCCAAUGGCAAGCAGGCGCUAGUUCAGGAAGUAGCAUUUCGGAUCUGUGCAACAGGCCUUUUUGGACUGCCGAUCGCUCGGCAGAAUGAGAAGUCACGGGCGGCUUUGCUGACAUAA